CUUUAACUUUUUUUAAAGCAUACGAGUUAGGUUUUGGUUCCUUUAAUAAUUAAUGCUCGUUUAAAAUGGAUAGGAUCUCCCCUCUGAUCUCAACUUCUACUCUCCUUUGGUUUAUUUUUGUGUUAUAUAGUUUUUCGAAGGUUUAUGGGAAUUCUGAAGGUGAUGCUUUGAAUGCCUUAAAGGUACAACUAAGCGAUCCUAACAAUGUUCUCCAAAGUUGGGAUCCAACCCUCGUCAAUCCAUGUACUUGGUAUCAUGUUACUUGCAACAAUGAGAACAGUGUUACUAGAUUAGAGCUUGGAAACGCGAGCUUGAGUGGUAAGCUAGUUCCACAGCUUGGUCAACUCGUGAAUUUGCAGUACUUGGAGCUUUAUGGUAAUCAGAUCACUGGAAAAAUUCCUAAAGAGCUUGGGAACUUAAAGAAUUUGGUGAGUUUGGAUAUUUACAUGAAUCGGUUAGAAGGUCGCAUUCCAAGCACAUUGGGCAACCUUCAGAAACUUCGCUACCUACGUCUCCACCACAACACUUUGACAGGAACUAUUCCAUAUUCAUUAACCACUAUAACUUCACUAGAAGUUCUUGAUCUAUCAUACAACCGGUUGAGAGGACAUGUUCCCGUUAAUGGCUCCUUUGCAAUGUUUACACCUAAGAGUUUUUACCAUAAUCCGGGGUUGAAACUUCCCGUGUAUAUUCCUCCACCACCUGUAGCCACAGCUCCAUCUGUAGCUAUACCUCCAUUUACAGCUCCAGCUCCGGCCCCAUUAAGUCCAUGAUCUUCCUCAGGCGAAGAACGAGAGUGAUGAUCAACCUACGGAGCAUGAUUAUUGCCUGUAACAUCUUAAAUAGAGAUAUGUUUCAAUAAUAAUUGUACUUGAAAUAACAUGAUAUGUAAGGGUAACUUUAUAUUCAUGUUUGAAUAAUUAUUUUACGUAAAAUAAAUAUAUAUAUUAUGGGUUGAAUAA